AUGGGAACCAAGUCGAAGAAGAAGGCCAAGACGCGUCUUGAUGCCUAUUACCGACUCGCAAAGGAUCAGGGCUUUCGUGCCCGCUCGGCGUUCAAGCUUAUUCAGCUGAACCGCAAAUACGACUUUCUUGCAAAGAGUCGCGUGCUCGUCGACCUCUGUGCGGCGCCAGGUGGUUGGUGCCAAGUCGCAGCAAAGCACAUGCCGGUGGGCUCAAAGAUCGUUGGUGUGGAUUUGGUGCCGAUUGCCCCCAUCCGUGGGGUGAAGACGUUCGUCGGUGACAUCACAGAUGACAAGACGCGGAAGAUGGUUGUGACAUACCUCAAGAAGGAGCCGGUGGACUGCGUCAUUCACGAUGGUGCCCCUAACGUCGGUGGUGUCUGGUCGCGUGAUUUGUUUGAGCAGAAUGCGUUGGUUCUGCACGCCGCCAAAAUGGCCGCCUCCAUGCUAAAGCCGUCGGGGUGGUUUGUCACGAAGGUGUUUCGCUCGCAGGACUUCCACAAGCUCAUGUGGGUGCUGAAGCAGCUCUUUGAAAAGGUGGAGGCGACGAAGCCACUUGCCUCUCGUAUGGAGUCGGCUGAGAUCUUCGUUGUGUGCGCCGGCUUUAAGGCACCGAAGCACCUGGAUCCCUCCAUGUUCAACGCCCAGAAGGUCUUCUCGGACGUGGGCGAGGAGAAGAUCUUGACACCCUCCGGGGCCUUCGUUGUGCCCAAGUCUAACGUGCCGGCGGGGUACAGUGAGUUUGCCACGGUUUCCCACCAUGUUGCCGCCUUCUCUGAGUUUAUUCACUGCACGGACCCGAAGGAGUUCCUUCGCUCGCACCACGAGCUGCGCUUCGCCGCCGCGGAGGACAAGGCUUACCUGAAAUCAAAAUACUCCAAGAAGGAGCUCGUGUACCUCUGCGGGGACCUGCAGCAGGUGGGCGACGCGGAUAUACGGCGUAUGCUGCGCUGGCGGGAACAAUUGCUACGCGAGCAGGCGGCGGAACAGCAGCAGCAGGGGAAAAACGUGGACGACGAGGAGGAGGUGGGCGGCGCUGACGGGGACGAUGACGACGGUAGCGUAGAAGAAGACAGCGGCAACGCAGGGAUUGACCUGGACAGUGCGGAGGGCGUGGCGAGGAUUGCCCGGGAGCUGUUGGAGCUGCGCAAGAAGCAAUCCAAGCUGCUGAAGCGGAAGCAGAAGAAGAUUGUUGACCGCAAGCUGAAGCAGAUCAAGGGACUGAUCAACUUCGACCCCAACGCAACUGCGCAGGACGCGGCAGAGGCGGCUGGGUUGAUGGAGGACGCCGAAGUAAACAUGCAGGGCGAAGGGGAGGCUGGCGACGGCGAACUUGACGACGGCGACGACGGCGAGGGAUUUACCGUCGAGAAGUUGGCGACCGUGGACGAGGCGCUGCUGGCAAGAAUGUUUGACAAGCACUGGGAGGAGCCGGACGAGCGCCUCAACGACCCCUUGAACCCCGUCAUGAACGCCAACCUCAACGCUGAGCAGGACUGGGACCUGGGCGAGGCAGCGGACGGCAGCAGCGAGGCCAGCGAGGGCGGCAGCCGGCCGCUGCAGCUCGUGGAAGGCGCGGAAGACGCUGCCGACGUAGACAACUACGGCAACUACAUCCCCGCGAAGCGCUCGGCUCGCGUUGCCCUCUACGACGAGGGCCUUGUGCCGGAGGACGGCGAGGAGGUGGACGCCGCGCUGCAGAAGAGGAAGGCGAAGGACCAGCAGGACCUUGAGGACGCCGGCAAGCAGAGCAAGUGGCUUAGGCACCACGUCAACGUGGAGAAGGUGCUGAACCAGACCUUCCCGAAACCGCGGGAUAAUAACAAUAAAAAGCGGAAGCGGCUGCUCGAGGAGGAUCGCGUAGAGCUGACGGCGUCGGCGCCGCUGCACGAGAGUGACAUUCACGGCGCGGGUGGUGCGGCGCGCAAGCGGACGCGCUUCGACGACCGCGUGGCUGACGACAAGGACGAUGAUGACCAGAGCGUCUCCAGCCUGUCGGAGGGCCGAUUUAGCGAUGACCACAGCGAGCUGGAGGUGUCGGCGGGGCGCCUCGACUCCCGCCGUAAGCGGGCCAUCAUCCCAGACGUUGGGAAGCUGACCACGCAGGAGCUCGUGCGGCAGCAGCGGAAGCAGACGCUGAAGGACAACGCGGCCACCCGCAAGCAGAAUACGCGCAACAAGAGCAGUGCGCGCAAGGAUGAGAUGGGCUUCGAGGAGAUUCCGGUCGCCCUGACGGAUCCACACAUCCGCGCCCGCACGUUGGCGCUGGCGACGAAGAUGCUCGACCCGAAGAGCCGCCGCGACAUCCUCGACGCCUCCAUCAACCGCUACACCUUCAACGACGACGACGACCUCCCGGACUGGUUCAUCAAGGACGAGCAGCGCAACUGCAAGGUGAUCCUCCCCGUCACCGCGGAGGAAAUCGAGGUGCAGCGGCAGCGUUUCCGCGAGCUGAACGCGCGGCCUGGGAAGAAGGUGAUGGAGGCCGUGCAGCGCAAGCGCCGGCGGGCGCAGCACCUCCUGCGUGCCAUGAUUGAAAAGGGAAAAGCCGACCCGCGGGCACGCGAGAAGGCGAACAACGCCUCCGUGCGCAAGCUGAUGCGCUCGCAGGCGGUGAAGGGCGACGGCAGGCGGAAGAAGAAGGGCCCGCUGGACGCAAAGAAGAUGGGCGAAAUGCGGCGCGCAAAACAACGACUCAAGCGCCGACGUUAA